AUGUUCGACUUCCGAGUAUUUAAUAAUAUCUUGUCACUCUUGAUAAACCGUCAGCAGUUCGCGCGACCGGUUGAGGCAAGUUUUUCUCCCAUAAUCGAUAUUACGAUGAAGAUGAACAAGAUCCAAAAGGAUGACUUACAACCAUUGAAAGAGCUGACAUCACGCGUUGCUAGCACAUUAAAGAAGAUCAGUAAUUUGGAAACUAGAAGGCACAGGGCGGCAGUUACUGCGCGAUUGGUGAAUUCGGAUUUGAUGGAGAAUAGACGUUUGUUGAUGCAUCUGAGGAACUAUUCGCCGGUUUCCACCUCCACAGAGACAUUUGUUGAAAAGAAACCAUGCCGCGUCAGGUAUAUCGUGCUACGGUCUUACGGAUAUAAUCAUAGACCUAUAAACUAUAAAGCUUCCCACACUACCCUGCCCUGGUUAAUCCAGACAACAAAUGUAACUGAGAGAGAAAACAUAACAUAUGAGCAUAUGAGAUAG